AUGGCCGAUAUAGUUGUCAAAGAACUGCGACAUCCCUCGUCUUAUCUGUCGUCUGACGAGAUAGUGCCGAUUUCGGGUGCGAUAUCUGGGUUUAUAGCUGGUGUUGCCGUGUGUCCUCUGGACGUUGCCAAAACCAGAUUACAAGCACAAGGAUCGUUUCUUCAAAAACAUCCAGAUGGACUCAGAAAUUUUGAAAAGUUCAGGUAUAAGGGCCUGGGCGGGACUCUCAGAACCAUCUUGAAGCAGGAGGGCAUAAAAGGACUAUACCGUGGUUUACCAGCAAUGGUGCUCGGGUACUUUCCAACAUGGAUGAUAUAUUUCACCGUUUACGAGCAGAACAAGAAGCUGACGCGGAAUCUUUUCGAUCACGAGACUUUGUCGUUUGCCACAAGUGCAAUUCUGGCAGGUGCCGUGUCUACUACGCUGACGAACCCAAUAUGGGUGGUCAAAACGAGAAUGAUGAUACAGACAGGAGAUGGACGCACGAUCUAUGAUAGAUUCCCAUCCAAACACCAAACUGGCGCCUCCAAAGAUGCCCAGGUCUACAAGAGUUUGGUGGAUACCUUCGUGAAGAUGUAUCGCAAAGAGGGCUGGAAGUCGUUCUAUUCAGGACUGCUUCCUUCGUACAUAGGACUAACACACGUGGCAAUCCAGUUUCCGAUCUAUGAGAAUUUGAAAAAGAAUCUUAACCUGAGAGACGAUAGUUCGAACGUGGGCAAAUUGACUCUUGCUUCCAUCAUAUCCAAGGUUCUGGCCAGCUCCGUCACAUAUCCCCACGAGAUCUUGCGCACCAGACUGCAGAUAGACAAGACGAAAGUGUCGAUGAUGACUGGUUUGGUAAGGACAUUUCUCUCCGUUUACAAGAACGAGGGAGUGAAAGGUUUCUACUCCGGGUUUAUCAUCAAUCUCACCAGGACGGUGCCGUCUUCGGCGGUGACUCUUGUUACGUUCGAGUACAUAAAGGGCUACCUAGAACGGGUUAAUGGGUUAUAG